AUGGCUUUGGUAGCAUAUAAGCUUGAUCAAGAUGUUGAAUCCGAUGACCUGGAAGAGGAGCUAAAAGACAUAAUAGAGAAAACAUGUCACUUAAGGAAAAACACAAAUAUGUUUAACAAGAUUCAUGACAUGAUAAAAGUUAAGAGAAAACAUUCCAAUGUCUCAUAA